UUUUGAUUGGGGAGAAGAGCAACAGAAUGCAUUUGAGGGAGCUAAACAAGCUAACCAACAAGCCCUUGAUCUGUGGCCCAUACAAGAUGGAGACAUAGACUUAAAUGUAUCAGUAAAUCAGCAAUGGGCUAAUUGGAGCCUUUGGCAGAAACAAGGAAGGACUAAGGUUCUCCUUGGUUUCUGGACAAGGAAGUUACCCGAGGCAGGAAAGAGGUACACACCCUUAAAGAGACAGCUCUUGGCCUGUUAUUGGGCCUUGGUGGAUACUGAACAAAUAACGGUAGAACAUACGGUGUUCUUACGCCCAGAGAUACCUAUCAUGCAAUGCGUACUUAGUUCCCCCAAGACACAUAGGAUAGAUCAUGCACAAGAAUCCAGUAUCAUAAAAUGGAAGUGGUACAUACAGGAUAGAGCUAAAACAGGAAAUAGGGGUACAGCUGUACUACAUAAGAAAAUUGCAGAUGCGCCAGUACAAGAACCUGUUUAUCUGCCAGAAGCAGACAAGCCAGGGCAAUCUCCAGUAAAGUGGGGGAAGUCUUUUGCGCAACUAACACAGGAUCAAGCAAAACAUGCUUGGUUUACUGAUGGUUCAGCAAAAAACAUUGGUAAUGAAAGACAAUGGAAAGCAGUGUCUUACAAUCCAGAAACCAAGAAAAUUCUGACUACAACAGGGACAGGAAAAAGUAGCCAGUAUGCAGAGUUAUAUGCAGUGUUUCAGGCUCUGAAACAAGAGAUGCCUGGAAGUUGUCAUAUAUACACAGAUUCCUGGUCUGUUGCCAAUGGACUAGCUAUAUGGUUGCCUACAUGGCAGUCACAUCAGUUCAUGAUCCAACCAAAGGAAGUCUGGGGAAAAAAUUUGUGGGAGCAGAUAUGGGAGAUGGUACAUCAAAAUGAGGUAACAGUCUUUCAUGCUGAUGCUCACUGCAAUACUGACUCAUUGGAUCGUCUGUUUAACUCUGUUGCAGACGAGAAAGCCAAGAUCUCAGAGGCGUCUGUGGAAAAUCCUAACUCACUUUUGGGAUUGGCUAAUUGGGCCCAUCAGAAAUGUGGACACUUAGGAGAGAAAGACACUCACAGGUGGGCGCAACAGCGAGGCAUUUUAGUGCCGCUUGAUUUAAUUAAAACAGUAAUUCUGCAAUGUCCAGUGUGUCAGCAUGAGCAGAAUAGACAUGUACCAGGGAUUGUACGAGGUCAAAUAAAAAGAGGAAAAGCAACAGGGCAAAUAUGGCAGGUGGAUUACAUAGGUCCACUUCCUAUGAGUAAAAAUUGUCAAUAUGUAUGCACGGCUGUGGAUACAUAUUCAGGGUAUUUAUUGGUUCACCCUUGCAAAAGGGCUACCCCAAAAAAUACUAUUAAAAUAUUGGAAACCAUGAUACAGUACUAUGGUCUUCCAUUACAGAUUGAGUGACAAUGAAAGUCACUUUACAGGAAAAUUGGUACAAGACUUUUGUAAUGACAACAAUGUUGAAUGGAUUCACAAAAAGAGAAGAAAAAAAGCUGUAAGUGUAUGAUUAGUAUCUGAAGGAUAGAAUAGAGGGGGGUAACCCUUCACAAAAGUUAAAUAUAUAGAGAGAGAGAACAUAAUCUGUCCUAAUAGACUGGGAUCCUGAAUAAAUUAGACACUUAAAAUCAUGUUUAAUGGAUUUAAUUAAAAAGGUAAAGUAACCUUAAAUCUCAGGCAGGGGAUAGGGAAAAUAUAUACAGGGCAGUGGCGGAUCCAGGGGGAGGGCAAUGGGGCAAUAACCCCCUCCCCAUCCCAAGAAAACCGACGGUCUCCCUCUCCCCUGCCGGCUAAUGCAGGGCUGGCAUUGUCCAAGUGCCAGCCCUGCAAUGUGCCUUCACGGACCGGGACCGGAGGGGAGAUCAGAGAUCUCCCUCCCCGGUCCGCAGGCACAGUGCUGACAGCCAGCAGGUGAGGGAGUGAGAGAGGACCCAGGAGCUCAGCCUGCAGCUUCUCUGGGUCCUACUCCCCCAAACACGGAGCGUUGCCGCGGUUACCACGGCAACGCUCAAAAACUCACGAGAGUUAACUCUAGCCCUGGAGCUAUGGGCUAGAGUUCACUCCUACCACUGGGACCACAAGGGAUUCCCCACCGGACCACCAGGCAUCCAGAAAUGUCCCCCCUCCUCCUCCUCAAUAAAGGUAAGAAGGGAGGGGGGACAUAACACAUUUUUAUUUUAAUUAAAUUAAAUAAAUAAAAAAAAAAUAUAAGAAGGGUUUGGGGGCUUUUUUAUAUGUGUUUUUUUUUUUUUUUUUAAUUCAUUAUGUAUGUAUGUGGGCAGUGUAUGUGUGUGGGGGGGCAAUGUGUGUGAUAAGAAGGGUAGGGGGCUUUUUUAUAAUAACACACACACACAAACACAUUGCUCCCCCCCACACACAUACAUACACUGCCCCCAUACACACAUUUCCCCCAUACACACACACUGCCCCCAUACACACUGCCCCCCAUACACACACACACUGCCCCACAUACACACACACUGCCCCCCUUACACACACACACAACCCCCACACACACACACUGCCCCCCAUACACACACACACACUGCCCCCCAUACACACACACUGCACCACAUAACAGCCCCCAUACACACACACUGCCCCCAUACACACACACUGCCCCCAUACACACACACUGUCCCCCAUACACACACAUGGCCCCACACUCACACAUACACUGCAAUCCUCACACACACACACACACACACACACACUGCAAAUGUCACACACAAAUACUGACCCACACAUACACUGACCCCCUAACACACUCACACUACACCCCUGACAUAUACUGCAGCCCUCAUUCACACACUGCAACCUUCACACACUGCUCACACACUGUCCCCCUCACAAACACACUGCACCCCCUACACAUUGCACCACUGCUCCUAUGCCCUACUACAGCCCCAUUUCCCAGCAGACCUCAGGUAAGUUGUCAAACUGUUCUUAAACGGUUUGACUACUUACUCUGGGAGGGAGUCCCGGCACCAUUGACACCAUAACCACUACACUGAGCUGUAGUGGUUAUUGUGUCUGGAUUAUUUCUUUAAAUAAUCUACAAGUGCCCCUCCCGAGAUCAGGCUCUGGAUCCGCCACUGAUACAGGGGAUAAUGAUAUAUACAAAUAAGAAAUAAUAUAAAGUAGUAAAUGACUUUCACAGAGCUACUUAAACAAAAAGAUACUUAGUUAUGAAGUACUAACUCCAAAAAAGUAACUAUCUGAAAGUAUCUAAUGUGAUAGUAGCUGUUAUAGGAAAGGUAAAGAUCUCUUUAGUAGCAAAGCAUUAGAUCAUAGAGGGAGAAGGGGGAGAUCACCUAAAUGUCUAGUUCAGUAAAACUGAACUUGUAGUGAAUUCUUAUCUUAAACCUCUAAUGGUAUAUGAAAUCGAGAAAAGUAGUGCAUAUAGUAAUAGUAUAAGAUCUGCAGUAUAUACUUAUAGUGUUAAAGUUUAGAAUACUGAGGGAUAGCAAGAUAAAAUCACUUGUUCUGAUCUUGAAGAGCCGCCUUACCUGCGAAACGCGCGUCGGGGCUCAGCUGACCUACUCACCCUUAGCUUAAAACCAUUCCUCUUCUACUCCUACCUGGUCCAGAUACUUACCUCGGAUUUGCUGACAAUAUUUCUUUUUGUGGGGCUAGGCAGUCCUUAUUCCAGAGGUUAUGCGAGGGUUAAGUUCACACAGUGCAUCUUAGUUAUCGGUAUUUUUGUUAACUCUUGGUUCAGUUUAGAAUUAGGUGCCCUUGAAGGCAGAGCUGUAGGGUUAUAGCUAAACGGUUAGAAUUGGCAUAGAUUUCUGCUAAAUUUAGUAUUGAGCAAUCAACCGCUAGACAGCUUGGGGCUUCAUUGCAUGACACUUACUGAUCAGAACAAGUGAUUUUAUCUUGCUAACUCUCAGUAUUCUAAACUUUAACACUAUAAGUAUAUACUACAGAUCUUAUACUAUUACUAUAUGCACUAUUUUUCUCGAUUGCAUUUGCCAUUAGAGGUUUAAGAUAAGAAUUCACUACAAGUUCAGUUUUACUGAACUAGACAUUUAGGUGAUCUCCCCCUUCUCCCUCUAUGAUCUAAUUCUUUGCUACUAAAAAGAUCUUUACCUUUCCUAUAACAGCUACUAUCACAUUAGAUACUUUUUUGGAGUCAGUACUUCAUAACUAAGCAUCUUUUUGUUUAAGUAGCUCUAUUUAAGUCAUUUACUACUUUAUAUAAUUUCUUGUUUGUAUAUAUCAUUAUCCCCUGUAUAUAUUUUCCCUAUCCCCUGCCUGAGAUUUAAGGUUACUUUACCUUUUUAAUUAUAUCCAUUAAACGUUAGAUUUUAAGUGUCUAAUUUAUUCAGGAUCCCAGUCUAUUAGGACAGAUUAUGUUCUCUCUCUCUUUAUAUUUAAUGUUGAAUGGAUAUGUCACAUACCUUAUUAUCCUCAAGCAGCUGGUCUGAUUGAAAGGAUGAAUGGGUUGUCGAAACAACAAUUGAGAAAACUUGGUGAAGGGACCAUGCACAAAUGGAGAGAUAACUUGCCUACAGCUGUGAACAUCUUAAACAAUAGGUCACUUUCAGAUCAUGACACUCCCCUCAAUGAUUGCACCCAAUAUACAAGCUAAACCAUAUGUAGCAACUAACACCAUCACAUAUUGGGAAACAGAGGAGGAAGCCUUGGCACCAUACAGGGCUACACCAGAGGCUGCAGGAAUAGACUUGCGAGCCUGAAAGGAAGAAAGACUUCAAACAGGGCAAGUACAGAUGUUCCCCACAGGUAUAGGAAUACAGAUACCCCCCGGGACACUUUGGACUAAUUGCACCCAGGCCUAGCCUUGCCCUUAAAGGGAUACACCUAAUGGGAGGGGUAAUAGACGCUGAUUACCAACGAGAAAUAAAUCAGGGACCACAAGACUUGGUAGUGCAAGAAGGGGACAGAAUCGCCCAAUUGGUUAUCAUCCCCAUUUACCAGGGACAGGUACACAAAGCAACAGUCUCCAUCUCACAAACAGUUAGAAGAGAUAAGGGAUUUGUCUCUAGUAACCUAAAUCCAGGGGCCAAAGUCUGGAUGAGGACAGAGAAAGGUCCCCCAGAACCAGCAGACAUUAUUGCAACAGGCAGUGACAAUACCAUGAUACUCUCCAAGUCAGGUCAAGAUAAAUGGAAAAUGUGCCUUUGGGCAAAUGUUAUUUGAGAGAGUAAAAUGAGUUGUAUCUUUACAGGCAAAGUUCAUUGGUCUGGCCGUUAUUAUGAUGGCUGAGCUUACUCCACACCUUUUGGUCGGUUCAGAUACCAACAACGAGAUCGGAGGUUUUGACCAGAGUGAUUCCGCAGAGAUGAAAUGGAAAGAGAUGAAAAUAAGAGUAACCUGACUGACUAAUGAUUGUCCAAAGAUGAGGGCAAGCCUGUAUGGAGAAGGCUAUUUCAGCCACAAUGAAACUGAGACAAUGAACUAUAUUAAGCUGCCAAACGAUUCAUUUGAUUUGUUAACAUUCAGCCUACUUAAUUAUGAACAGGAACAAAUUAGACAGGUAGCUUUGCAGAACAGAAUAGCCUUAGAUUACCUGCUUGCAGCAAAAGGAGGAGUGUGCAAAAGAAUAGAAGCCAAGGCAUGUUGUGUGUGGAUAGAAGACGAAUCAGGGAAAAUUAAGCAUGACCUUCAUCAUUUUGAAGAGAUACAGAAACGCUUUAGAAAACCACUAACCACGGAUGACUUAGGACACUGGCUAACUAAUGCUACAAAAGACUUUGACUGCACAUUUGGCCUACGUACAUGGAUAAGUGGACUUGGGUUGAAAAUAUUAAAAGGAAUUGUGUGGUGUGUUUUUUUUAAUACUUUGUAUUUAUCUAUGCUACAAAAUUACAAUUUGCUGCAUUCAAAGAGUGGCUAGAUUAAAAAGAAAUGUGAGUAUAGAGCUAGAAGAGUUUAAUUAGAAGUUUUGAUAUUCACUACAGAAAAUCAGAUCGCCCUCAUGAUUAGGACUGUUAAGCGGGAAGAGGUAUGUCCUAAGGUUUGAGCUACAGGUUUAUCCUGUUUAAAAUUGGCUAACUUAGGUGAUCCUCGACUCGGAGAGCUUUAUUGCGUGAAUUGGUUCCAGGUGUGAAUGGAACAAUAUUUGGGGGUCAGUGGGUAAAUGGGCUUGCCCCCUGCUGAUAACCUGAAUGGCAUGCGUAAAUGUGUGAGGUUUUGCUCACUUAGUGACCAAGGGAUGGAAUGUGAUAAUAAUAUUCCAUUUUUAUUAAGCAUGAUUGAUUGAUCACUAUUGAGCAAAUUAAACUAUUAUAGAUAGCUAAGAUGGCACUUGUCUUAAACUGUGUCUCACUAAGAAAUUCAACUAAUUAAAACAAGAUGACACAGCAUAGAAUGUUCUAUAACAUGUCUGGCCAAUAUCCAAAGUGGCCUACGUGCUUAAAAGUGGGAUUUGGUGCCAGCAAUGUUUAGAAAGACAAGAGUAUAGGGACAUAGCUUUAUAGAAAGGGUACCGCAUGUGUCUGGCAUGGGCCUUGGGUGGUCAUGACUGGCCUGAUCAACCAUAAAGAUUACUCAAUGCGCAUGACAUAUACAUGCUGGGCUGCACUGAUAAGAAAACGUAUAAAAGACGGAGAAACUUGGCACUCGGUUUGGAGAACUACCCACCUGUAAUACGGACGCGUGUUGCUGGUCUCUGCUGUUCCCAGAAGAGAGGGUCCCUCCAAGUCUGACUGCCUGAGUUCCCCCAGUCGUGUGCAGUGGAGCGACAACUAGACCCCUCUAAUGGUGAUGUAUACUUAAGCUGAUAUAUCCAGAUACUAAGCUGUUUGAAGUGAAUGCAUGCGAUAACUUAAAUGAGAAAAUAAAGUGUGGUGUGAAUUCUAAUAUUCAA